AUGGGUAGCCUUCAGCCACAAGAGUACUCCUCGCUUGAGGAGACCAAGCGGAUUUUUGACUACUUAUGCACCCAAUUUGAUGCAACCUCUCUGCCACCAGCUGUCAAGGAUCUCAAAUCACAUGUCGAGUUCACGUCAACACGCGAUGCCCCUUAUUUCCCCAUACCUUUCAAGGAGACGGAGACGAGCGCAGCGCUCAAGGCUGUCGAGGGAGGCGUUGCAAACCUUCUAGCAGACCUGGUUGAGGGCGAAGCUCGUCCACGGAAAAUUACCGUCAAUCUUGAAAAGACGACAGCAUUCCUCUGUCAGGCUUACUUGGCCAAGGUCGGUGGACUGGGCAAACUUGACCCCGGUGUCAAGGCCAAGCUCAAAGAUACGGACUUGCUGCAGGCGCAAUCAAACCCCUAUCGGCGCAUGUCAGCAAACCUGUAUGAGACCAAGGUUCCUGGAGAAUAUUAUCAUAUUCACGGAUCUCUUGAGGCGUCUACCACGUUGCAGAUGAUUGGCCUUGAACCUUUCAGGCCUGAGUUGCAAUCCCACGAAGACAUCGUUGCAGCCAUUGAGCCUGCUGUCCGCAAGUUUUCUAUUCAGGAGCUUGAGGCUCUCAACGCCAAGAAUCGUCAGGCUGGCAUCCCUGCUCUAAAGCACGAAGACUUUUUGCAAACAGAACAUGGAAAGUCAAACUUUGCUCUGCCUCCUUGGUCGGUGGACAGUCUCGAGACCGAGACACCUAAAUGCCCUUUGACCCCCAGCUCAGGGCAGCCAACUAAAAUCUUAGCCGGUGUCAAGGUUCUUGAACUCUGCCGCAUCAUUGCUGGCCCUAUCAUCACACGUAUCCUUGGCGAAUAUGGUGCCGACGUGCUCAAGAUCACGAGUCCCAACUUGAGCGAUGUUCCUUUCUUCCAGGUUGACGGCAACAUGGGAAAGCACGCCGCGGAUCUGGACCUCAAGUCUCCCGAAGGACGAGAAGAGUUCGAGCGUCUUCUUGCGGAAGCAGAUGUGGUCGUUGAUGGAUAUCGACCCGGAGCCCUCGAGAAACUUGGCUACGGCGCAACAGCAUUGACACGCAUCGCCAAGGAGCGUGGCAAGGGCUUCGUCUAUGUCAAUGAGAACUGCUUUGGCUACGAGGGAGAGUGGGCAGGUCGCCCAGGAUGGCAGCAGAUUGCCGAUUGUGUCAGUGGCAUUGCCUGGGAGCAAGGCCGCUUCAUGGGUCUCUCAGAACCUGUUGUGCCACCUUUUCCUAUCUCGGACUAUGGCACAGGGUGUAUCGGUGCUAUCACUGCAUUGAUUGGCCUCUAUCACCGAGCCACACAAGGAGGAUCGUGGCACGGCAAGGCAUCCCUCCUCCACUACGAUCUGUUGCUGUUCAAGGUCGGACAGUACCCAGAGGAGGUCAAGCAGAAGCUGAGAGAGGAUAUCGGUCCUGAUUUCCUUGCACUGCGCCAUGCCCACAGCGUCGACCAGAUUUCAGGUACCGCACUGCUCAGGAUGAGGAAGAAGUUCCCCGAGCUGUUUGAGGGAACUCAAUACGUCGAGAAGUGGUACUCGACGGCAUACAAGGCGGAGGUUCAGGCCGUGCCGCCUGUGGUGAACAUUGAGGGUGUAGAGGUUGGAUUUAGACGAGCGAGCCGCCCGAACGGCACAGAUAAGCCUACUUGGGACUUUGGCGAUGAGCCAGACCGGAGGCUUUCGGAUUGA